UGUGUGUGUGUGUGGAGGAGACCGAGAAAGAGAGAGGGAGAGAGAGAGAGAGCGGGGAGGUUUGGCUGAUAAGCUUUGUUAUUGGAGCAGUUGGUAUUUUGGCCGAGCCGAAUGUAGAGUUGGGUGUUACGGAUAAAAACGGACAAAACGGACACUCUGACACAGAAGCUUCCCGAAGCUGCCGCAGAGCCUGAGCCAUGUCUCUGUCCCCGGGAGAGCUUCUGUCGGGCUCCAUGUUAAUCCUGCUGCUGGUCGCCAGCUCCUCGGAGUUGUCCUUGUCGCCUGAUGAAGCGCACCAGUUUUUAAGGAGACACCGGAGAGCGAACCAGGUUUUUGAGGAAACCAAACAAGGGCAUUUGGAGAGGGAGUGUGUGGAGGAGAGGUGCACCAAAGAGGAGGCGAGAGAAGUGUUUGAAAACGACCCUGAAACGGACUAUUUCUACCCCAGGUAUAUGGCAUGUGUGGAAAAAUUUGCAGACAAGAAGAAGGAAGACCUGGUCACCUGCGUCCACAACAUUCCAGACCAGUGUUCCCCUAAUCCUUGUCAUCACACAGGGACAGUGCGCUGCGAGGACAAAAAGGGCAACUUCCUGUGCCACUGCUUCACAGGGUGGACCGGCCCCAAGUGUGCGAACGAUGUGAAUGAAUGCAGUAAAGAGAACGGGAAGUGUGAUCAUGAGUGCAGCAAUUCGGUGGGGAGUUACCGCUGUUCCUGUCGCAAUGGUUACAGACUGUCUGGGCACCACCGCUGUAUGGAUGUUAACGAGUGCACCGACGUCCCCGGGGUGUGUGGCACAGCACAGUGCGUGAACCUCAUAGGGUCCUACGAGUGCCUUUGCGACGUCGGAUACGUCUAUAAUAACGAGACCAAAACCUGUGACGACGUGGACGAAUGCGAAUCGCCCGUGUGUGAGGAGCAGUGUGUCAACACUCCCGGGAGUUUCCGCUGCUACUGCGACGGCAGACAGGGGAAGAAGCUCGGGCGUGACCUGAGAAGCUGUGAGAGAAUCGAGCCUUGUCUGGAGCUGAAUAUAAAGAGGAAUGCUCGCUCUCUGUACCUGGGCCGGAUGUUCAGUGGCGUUCCUGUGGUCAAGCUACGAUUCAGACGCCUCGUUCAGACUGGCUUCACAGCAGAGUUUGACCUGAGAACAUACGACGAUGAAGGCGUUAUCUUCUUCGCCGGUGGUCACUUAAACAGUUCCUGGAUUGUUUUGGCGAUCCACCACGGGAAACUGGAGCUGCAGCUUAAAUACGGCGCCGUAAGCCGGGUGACCAGCAGCGGCCCUUUGGUAAACGACGGACAGUGGCACAAGAUCUCCGUAGAGGAGCAGGGGCGGAGCCUGGUGAUAAAGAUUGACAGGGAGGCAGUGAUGAAGAUCGCAGUAAACGGAGAUCUCUUUACUCUGAAGAAGGGUAUACACGAGCUCAACCUGACAGUGGGAGGAGUUCCCUUUAAAGAAGAUGGACUGCUAAAUAAGGUGAACCCACGUCUGGACGGCUGUAUGAAAGAGUGGCACUGGUUGACUGAUGAAGACACAUCCAUCCAGGAGACCAUCCGCCAUAACGAACGCAUGCAGUGUUACGCCUCCGAGGAUCACAGCUCCUUUUUCCCAGGCCGUGGAUUCGCCUACUUUAAUCACAGCCACGGUGAUACCCAGGUGCUCAGCGUGCAACUGACCCUACGGCCAGCCUCUCCAGUAGGAGUUCUGUUCGCACUCGUCCGUCAGGAUACUGUGCCUCUCUCCAUCUCCUUCUCCGACUACCAUCCUGGAACCCAGCAGUGGGCCGAGUACGUGUUGGUGUCAUUCGGCAACGUCAUUGUGGCCAGCGCUGCAGUCGGCCUGUGUGACGAGGAGGCGCACACUGUGAACGUGUCCGUGGCAGGAAACAUCACCAUACUGGAGGUGGACGGACAGCCUGGCCUUACUGAAUCUGUGGAGGAUCUGGAGCCUCUAGACCUCUCGUCCUCGUAUAGCACAUUCAUAGGAGGCAUACCAGAUGUUUCUCUGGUGUCUACGCCGGUCUCCGCAUUCUACACGGGCUGCAUGGACGUCACAGUUAACGGCCGUCUGUUGGACAUGGACGAGGCCCAACACAAGCACAACGAUGUCCGCUCUCACGCCUGCCCUCUAGUGGGCCCUCACCAGUGAAGCACUAAAGAUUAGCUGGACCAAUCAGAGGGGAAAAAAAUAAAAAAAAUAAAUGCCAGGGCAACCUAGCUCGGCCCUAGCUUAAGCUUAGCCCUGCAACCAAAUGCCUUUAAAAAGAGAGCUUUUAAGUUCAGUUGAAUUUCACUUCAAAGGAAACUUUAAUUUGGCUCUUUAGGAUUGCCUGAUAAAUGGCCUUACUGAGCCGUAUCAUCUGUAUCAUUAAAAAACAAACAAAUACACAAACACAGACACACACUCCUACUAAAACCAACUCUUACAUUUCAAACCUGAGUUUUAUUUCCGACAGAUCAUCGCAUACUCAUGCCUCCAAUAACGUAUACACAAUCACAGACACUGUAACUUGUAUAAUUUAUAUUAUACUCAUAGAGAAAUGGAAGGUGUACACGUACAUUAGGCAUCUGAAAAAGCACUGCGCCACAACACAAGCUACUGAGAGCGAGAAAGAAUAGAGAGAGAGCUGUAUCAUAUUGUUGAUGUAAAUAAGUGACUUUACAAUGCUUUUUAAACAAACAAAAAAAUCAAAGAACAUUCUGCUAUCUUCCUUUCUAGAAUAAAAAGCCUUCAUAUUGCCACCAAAGGCUGGGUAGGUGCUCAGAGUAAUUGUUUAUAAGUUUAUGUUUUGUCAUUACUUUUGUUUAUGUAUGUUUUUUUUUUUUUUAAUCGACUGUAUUGUAUUUGAUUUUUUUUUUUUUUUUUUGUAAUUCUCUUAUGUUAGUCCUUGGUGCAUUUAGUACUGGGGGAAAUGCGGUCUCCUCUUGUCUAACUGGAGGCAGAGUGCUGUUAAAAAACAAAAAAAUAAAGGUGGUUGUAAUAAGACUGUAUUUGUGCUCGUGCAGAGUUUUGCUCUGCAUAUUCUGUAGUGCAUGAGGGUAAGCCUGGAUACAUGGUUUAUUUCUUACAUUCGCUUGUUAAUAGUUUUUAAUACAAGCCAAAUGGAUUUAGCAAAGAA